GAGCAUAAUCUGAAAAUCAUUGAAUCCAAAAAAGUCGAUAGAAGUCGAUCGUCAUGGCGCAGAGGAUCACGACAUUGGUUCUGCUAAUAGAGAUAUUGUUUCUGGUGAGUUGUGUGACUCAUACAGCAGCGUAUAACGAUGGAGAGGUGAUUCACGUCGCCGGAAAAGUAAUGUGCCAAGAUUGUUCUCUCAACUACGACGAAUGGAUAAAUGGUUCUGAACCCAUCAAAGGGGCAGUGGUAUCAAUCACGUGUAUGGACGAAAGGAGAAGAGUGGGAUACUAUGGCAGCGACAAGACCGAUGAGAGAGGCCAGUUCGAUCUAAUCGUCAACAAAUUCCUCUACAACGGAAAGGAUCUCAAACCUCAACUUUGUAAUGUCCGGCUCGUGUCUUCUCCGGACCAGUCAUGUAACAUUCCCACCAAUUUCGGGGAUGGUCAAACCGGAGUGAAGCUAGUUCGACCAUUCAGUGUUUUCAAGGAUCUGGUUAAGUAUGUGGUCGGACCAUUUUAUUAUACCACUCCCAUGUGUGAGACGCCUAAAUUUGAAAACAACUACUAAACUCGGAGGGUUUUGACUUAUUGGCCGAUCGAGGUCAUUUAAAUUUAGUGGUCCUUCGCUAAACAAUAUAUUUGUAAUGUAACAUGUUAUUGUUUCCGUGUAUUUGUUAAUUAUCUUGUAUAUGUCAGAGUAUAACAAAAAAAAAAAGAACACAUAAACUUCAAUUACAAUAUAUCUAUUCCCAUGUGAUAGUCCUCUUCCAAUUAAGUGAGUUCCUUCUAAUAAAUUAUCAUUUUAACA